CAAAAUGUUAACCAUAAACUUGAGCAUCUUAAUAAUUUCACUAUUCGCAUUUUGUGCAGUUAUCGGAGUCAAUUCACAUAACGUUAAUUUUGGAGACUUACCUUCGAGCUGUGCUGAAGCAUUACACUAUUCCAAACGUAGUGGCAUUUAUCAACUUUAUUUACCUGAAUCUGGACUUAAACCAUUUUAUGCAUAUUGUUUGAAAGAUCCAAAUAAUGGUCCAGGUUGGACAAUUGUUCAAAGACGUCAGGAUGGUUCUAUAAACUUCUAUCGUAACUGGAUUGAUUAUAAGUUUGGGUUUGGUAAUCUGGAAGGCGAAUAUUUUAUUGGAUUGGACAAAUUGCAUGCUUUGACAAAUAAUGGAGUUCAAGAGUUAUGGUUCCAAUUUGAAGAUUUUGAAAAUGCAACUCGUUCUGCACAUUAUACUAGUUUUGCUAUUGAUGACGAAAAUUCCAAAUACGCAAUAAAUAUGGUUGGUAAAUUUUAUGGUGAUGCAGGAGACUCUUUCACUGUUCACGCUGGUUCAAAGUUCUCAACAAAAGAUAACGAUAAUGACAGUUCGGCCAAAAAUUGUGCACAAACUUACACCGGAGCUUGGUGGUACUAUGAUUGUCAUAGAAGCAAUUUAAAUGGACAGUACUUACGUGGAUCGUACUCUAAAGAUCAAUACGCACAAGGUAUUAACUGGUUUACCUGGCAUGAAUAUUAUUAUUCACUUAAAUAUACUCACAUGGCCAUUCGUCCCGCAAGCAAUUAACUUUGUUGAGCAGAGAACAGUUGUUAAGAAUCAAUAAAUUGUCAUUUAUAAUACAAUAAAAAUUAACCUAUUUAUAUUAUUGGAAAAAAACA